AUGGCUUCCACUUCUGGUACCGACGCUGAUAUUACUUUCUUGAUCUUUGUUGGUUGGAGAUUGUACUUGUUCAUGCAUCGUGAGCACUGGAAUUUUGCAUGGGCUAAAUCAAAAUCUGAAGAUGCCUCUGGUGUAACAACAGGAAUAAUCUUGUCACUGCGUGAGAGUCUUCAGAACAGUAAGGAUACACUUGUGAUGUGCCAAAAUGAACUUGAGGCUGCAAAAUUGGAGAUUCAGAAUUGGCAUUCUACACUUAAAAAUGAGCCUUCUUUACCUGCUGGGAUCACUUCAGAUCCCAAAGUGUUGAAUGAUUAUCUUCAGAGCUUGAAAUCCUCUGUAGCGUCUUUAAAACAGCAGAUUGAGAAAGCAAAGAGAAAGGAAGAUGCAUUCAUGGUAACAUUUGCCAAACGAGAAAAAUAUAUGAGUGAGUUGAAGUCUGUUGAGCAAGAUCUGAAAGUGCAACUCAAGCCGCCAUCAAUGGAGGCGAAGAGGUUCUUACUUGAUCCAGCGGUUCGUGAAGAGUUCACCCGAUUAAAGAAUUUAGUUGACGAGAAGGAUAGAAAGGUAAAAGAGUUGGAAGAUGAAAUUACAGCUUUAAGUUUUACUACCCAAAGCAAGGAGGGAAAGAUGCUGAUAGAUAAAUGUAGAAAACUGCAGGCCGAAAAUGAGAAGCUUGGAGAAGCAACUUCUGAGGAGAAGAUACAUGAAAUAGAGUCCAAACUUGCACUGCAGAAGUUACAGAAUUCACAACUUAAAAGUCACUUUGAAGGAUUGCAGAAGCACAUGGAAGGACUGACCAAUGAUGUUCAAAUAUCCAAUGAAAUAGUUCUCAUAUUACAAGAUAAGAUUGAAGAGAAGGAUCGGGAAGUCCAAAGACUAAAGAACGAGCUUCAACAGAAAAACUUGGAGGAUGAAGAUUUGAUGCAGAAAUGA